AUGCAAUCUCUGCUUUGGUGCGUACGCUCCAACGACCCUAAUGACCGUAACAGUGACGGGACCACUAAUACAGAAAUCCUUCGUUGGUUGAACAAUCCCCAGCGGGGAAAAAGAAUGAGGCGAAUGAAAGCGAAACUCGAUGCGAAGAGAUGCACAUGUAAUGGGUACAGACCCGGUGAAUCACGUUGUACUCGGCACUUCAUCUGUGGUAGAAUCUACAAGAUCCGGGGAGAGAAAUUACUGUUGAUUGAAGCAAUUGGAAAAGGUUCUUAUGGAACCGUUGUGAAGUUUUAUAAUGAGACCAAAAACAUCUACUUCGCCGCCAAGAUGUUUCCUGUGUGCGACUUUGAAGAAUUUGCGGCCGAAUAUUCCAAAUUGAAAGUUCUCAACUCAUUUGCUCACCUUACUAAUAAUGAACGUAUUGUGCAACUCUUUGGUUACUUCGAGAUUGAGAAGCACUGUUUCAUCAGCAUGGAGCUACUAUCUAUGCCAUUUUCAGUUUUACGAGAGAAAUGGAAUCAACUUGAUGUGUUCAUCAUUCGUCGCUUGCUUCUUCAGUUGAUCGAGGGAAUUAUAUUCUACUCCGAACCUCCUCUAUAUCUUGUGCAUGGUGAUUUGAAGCCGUGGAAUAUUAUGAUUAGGGGAACCGACCUUGAGAAUUUUCAAUUGGUUAUUCUCGAUUUUGGCUUGUCUAAUAGAGCCCACACGUUCGACAGACAAGGAAUUCAGACGUUAGGCUACCGUGCUCCAGAAGUCAUGUUUGAAGAGCGUUAUGGGAAGGCAAUUGACAUGUUCAGUUUUGGUGUCUUAGCGCUGGAAAUGUAUUGCGGUGGAAACGUCUUUGCGGCAAAUACGACACAUAACUGCAUUACUUUUAUGGAGAGAAUUCUCGGCCGAUUUGAAUAUUUCCGCAACCGAACCAAUAAUCGGAUCCUCCUAAAAAUGUUACAAGACACUGAAUAUGAAAUCCCAAAAAGCCUGACACUGAGUCAAAUCUUCGAGAUUUAUAUUCCGGAGAAUGAGCAAAAGAGGCAGGCGGAGAUGAAACUUCACGAUCUCAUUAAGAGAUCAUUGGAGGAAAUUCCGACGCGUCGUCUCACACCUAUUGAAGCCUACAAACACCAAUUUUUUGAUUCUGUGAGAAGCAUUUGA